AAAGCCCGGUAGACUUUCAGAGUUCCUCCUUCCCAUAGCCGAGGGAAGGACGGGUAUUGUGAACUUCGGAGAUCCCUUACUAGAUGGCUGUCCAGGAGUACUACUUAUACUCCUUGGGUGGAAUUUGGAAAGCUGAUGCAGCAACCGGUAUACGACUAUGCAUGACUUGACACGAAUCUUUUCAAGCAAGAGUCUCGAUGUCCAAGCACUUGAAUAAUCAAUACUAGCCAAAAGAUCGACAGUCCUCGACGUUCGAUGAAUACAAUAUAGCCACGAUUAACAACAGGCUACCAUCAACCCGAGUAUAUUUCAAACAAGAGGUCUUCUACUCCAACCUCUGGUGCCAGUUCUUAUUGGCGCAACCAUGGGCUCCGCCCUUGAGAAUCAGGGGCCUCGCGAUGAACGGGGCACUCGCCCUGUCCGCAUCGCGAAUUGCUCUGGGGGCCAAAUGGAACCUGGCUGGCAGAUGCGAAAACAAGCGACUUUGGGCCCAGUCGACUUCAUCACUGGUGACUGGCUAGCAGAGAACAAUCUGGCACAGGAGCAAGCGGCCAUAGCAGCCGGGACAGGCGAAGGAUUCAAGAAGAAUGCCUGGGACGCUCUGCAGCAGAGCAUGGAGGUGGUUGCAGAGAAGGGCAUCAAAGUGGUGAUCAAUGGUGGAGGACUCAAUCCGCAAGCGUUGGCAGUCCAUUGUCAAGAAAUCAUCGACCAACACAAUUAUAACUUGACCGUCGCCUUUGUGUCAGGAGAUAAUUUGGUUGGUCAAGUCAAGAAGACGCUCAAAGAGCAUGGUACUCUGCCAAAUACUUUCCAGGACAUCAACAAUACCGCCCACAAAGAUAUCACCUUCACGGCUGACGACGUGCUGGCAUGUAAUGCCUACAUCGGGGCUCGCGGUAUCGUUAAAGGUCUCGAGAAUGGUGCAGAUAUCAUAAUCUGUGGUCGAGUCGCCGAUGCAUCUCCGGUACUUGGAGCCGCUUGGUGGUGGUAUGGCUGGGCAGAUACCGACUAUAACCGUCUAGCUGGGGCAUUCCUGGCAGGCCACCUCAUCGAGUGUUCUGCUUAUAUCUCGGGUUCCAACUUCUCUGGUUUCCAUCGCUUUCCCCUGGAGACUUUCAUCGAUUCUGGUUACCCUAUAGCCGAGAUCGACGAAGAUGGGUCUUGCACUAUCACCAAGCACCCAGGAACGAAUGGCAUGGUGACGGUCGAUACCGUGAAGUGUCAAUUUCUAUACGAGAUUCAAGGAAACAUGUACUUGAACAGCGAUGUCAAAGCGUUACUCGAUCAUGUGAAGGUGCAGCAAGUGGGAGAGGAUCAUGUUCAUGUUUCCGGCAUUACCGGACGUCCGCCACCUCCCACGACCAAACUGGCCUGUUUCUACAAGGGUGGAUUCGAGUCCCAGAACUUAUCUAAUGCGGCCGGCUAUGCAACACGCAAGAAAUAUGUCCUGUACGAGAAACAGAUUCGCGCGCGUCUCACAGAACAGGGCUUGAAGGAUUCCUUCACCGUCUUGGACUUCCAAGUUGUCGGCUCGCCUCGAGAGAAUCCCACUUACCAAUUAGAAUCUACGACCUACUUCCGCAUUUUUGCACAGGCAGAUUCCCCAGAGCCUCUAUCUGCGCUGAAGCUCCUGUUGGCAGAUGAGACGAUGCAACAUUUUUCGGGUCUCCAUUGGGCGCAGGACCUUAGAACGGCGGAUCCCAAAUCCUUCUACGUCUAUUACCCAUGCAUCGUAUCCCAAGAUGCAAUCGAAGAGGCCGUCCAUAUACUCGGUCGCGGUGGAAAGGUCAAGCAAUCUAUUCAAUGCACGCGUCCUCCCGCCUACGAGGCUAUAGAAGAGCGCGAGUCCUACGAUACACGCGACCCGGUUCCGCUCGACUCAUUCGGACCGACAGUUGCCAUGCCACUUGGCAACAUUGCUCUUGGGAGAUCCGGAGACAAGGGUUCAAACAUCAACUGUGGCUUAUUUGUGGACCGUGCCGAGCUCUGGGAGUGGUUCAGAAGUUUCAUGACUUUGGAAAGAAUGAAGAGCCUGAUUGGUAAGGAUUGGAAAGAAGAAUACCGCUUGGAGCGCGUGCAGUUCCCUGGAAUCUUUGCAGUCCACUUCGUCAUUUACGGUAUACUUGGUCGUGGAGUGAGCAGUUCGACCUUGUUGGAUAAUCGUGGGAAGGGUUUCACAGAUUACAUACGGGCUAAGCACGUCGACGUUCCAGAGCAGUUCUUACAGUGGAGCUGGAAGGAAGAUGAGUAGACGAGGAGCCUGUGGCAACCGUGCUCUCCAGUU